AUGUAUAAAGAAGAAUACGACCGGAAACUACAGGAACUACUAGAAUCCCCAACAUACGAAAAAGUAUCCAAAGACCCUACUCCAACAGUACAACGUAAAACCAACUCACUGAUCACCAGACUGUUCAAUUUGAAACUCAUCGACAAGAAAACUCAAGUACAACUGCAAUCAACGACAGCAAUAUGCCCACGCAUAUAUGGACAACCCAAAGCGCAUAAACCGAACCUUCCCCUACGUCCAGUAGUUCCAAACAUAACAGCACCAACGUACAAGCUAUCAAAAUAUCUAGCGCAAAUACUACAACAAUCGUUCCACAGUGAGUACAAUAUUACAGACAGUUUCCAAUUUUCCGCAUACUUAAGAGAAACCGUCCUACCGCCGAACUACGUUUUGGUAUCGUUUGACGUCGUUUCCCUGUUCACAAAUAUACCAAUAGAGUUAAUCACCCACAACAUAAUCAUGCAGUGGGACAAAAUUGGAUCGAAAACCAACAUAAACCUGGACAUGUUCCUAGAACUGAUCGAGUUUUGCGUCAAGAACAGCUUCUUUUACUUCAGAGGUCAACACUUCCGGCAAGUAUUUGGAUCGGCCAUGGGGAAUCCCUUAUCGCCUAUCCUGGCAGAUAUAGUCAUGGACUCCUUGAUGCAAACAGUUAUUAAAAAGCUACCAUUCGCCAUACCCAUUGUACGCAAAUAUGUAGAUGACCUCUUCAUAGCCCUCCCCAGACAACAUAUACAGUUCACCCUAGAUGCAUUCAAUGCAUACAAUGAACACCUGAAAUUCACCAAAGAGGAAGAACAAAAUGCACAACUCCCGUUCCUAGAUCUGACAGUAAUACGAUAUCCCGACCAAACAUUGCGUACGCAGUGGUAUGCUAAGCCGAUGGCAUCUGGCCGCAUACUCAACUAUCACUCUUUUCACCAACUAACGAUGAAGAUAAAUGUAGCGCAGAACUUUAUUGAAAGAGUCAUCAAACUAACAACAACGGAUAACAGCACACAAUGGCAACGCAACACGAUCUUCGAACACCUGAGACGGAAUAACUACCCACCUUCACUAAUCAACAGACUGAUCAACCGCUGCUCCAACGCAAUAAAAGCAAAAACGCUAUCCAACACUGCAACUCUAAGCGCAUGGAAUCAUUGUACUCCGGUGAACACAGAAACUACCUAUCGAUCACUGCCAUUCAUCCCGAAAUUGACCACAGCCAUAGUGAAACACCUGCAAGCCGAUUUUCCGCACCUAAAAAUUACACAAAAACCUAUUAAAACAGUAUCUAACAUAGUCAAAACCAUGAAAGAUCCCAUCGAACCGCUGCUGCAACCAAAUGUUGUUUAUAGUUUGCCCUGCAAUGACUGCCAUAUGCAAUAUAUAGGCAUGACACGCAACCAACUGAAAACCCGACUGUACGGACAUAAAUCCAACAUCAGCCAAUACAAAGGGUUGAUAGAGGAUGGUGCUAACAGUCGUGAUAAUUCGAUGGUUAACCUCGAGGGCAAAACAGCCAUGAUGGAACACAUCAUCAAACACCAACACAUGUUCGACCUCACCAAGGUAGAAAUAAUAGACAGAAGCAGGCACACAUGGGCACUACCAAUGCUAGAAAUGUGUCAUAUCGCCAAUACAGACAACACAGUUAACCAUCGAACUGAUAUCGAUGGCAUCAACACUGCUUACGCUGGAAUCCUACACACGAUCAAAAACUACACCCGCCGCAGAAGCAAUACUCAACACCAACAAACCACCCCUAGUAGCUCACCGUAA